UAUUUUUGAAGGCAAGUAUUUUAAUGGGUGGGAUUUGAGCACAAACCCCUCUUCAGUUGUGUUCAAAUUCCCUUUCUAGGCUCAUUUCUCAUGUCAUCUUCUGUAUAUGGUUUUAAGGACAAAUGGUUGAAAUCAGCGGUUAGCCUUCCUAUCGCCUUUGACCACAGAACGUCUGCUGUCAUUUCUAUUAGUUUCCCAACAAUUCUACUUGUUGAAUCUCCACCAUUUGUCGUCACCAAACGGAUGUAUUAAUUAGUUGCAUACUGUUCCCUUUUCAUUUCGUUGAGCUAUAUUUUCUGUUCGGUUCCCUACGUGAUGUACUGCUCACAGCUGACGUUCGUGUUCUGUCUUGCCUCCCCCUUGAUCACACCUACAGCGUCAUUGUGUUUUGCUACACCAGAAGUACAUUCAUUUCCAAUGGAACGCUGUGUUUGCCUUGCACCAUUGUUCUGUGUGGUUCAUAGGUUGGAUUUAUUGAACGUAUGCAUCAUUGUAUGUGUAGACGUCUUGACAGAAAUGGUAGAAAGUGAAUGUUAAACUUUUGUUCCACACAUCCAGAUGAUGCUGCAUACCAUUUUGCGAAAUGAUGGUUUAGGCGUGCUCAAGCCGUAGUCUUUUUUUGCAUACUACACUGAACAAAAAUUAAAAAGCAACAUAUAGUGCUGGUCCCAUGUUUCAUGAGGUGACAUGAAAGAUCCCAUAAAUGUUCCAUAGGUACACAAAGCUUAUUCUGGGGACAAUAAAUAAAUAAAUAAAUAAAAAUGCCACUCUAAAAUGUUCAGUUUUGCCACAGAUGUCUGAUGGAUUGUGCAAUUGGCAUGCUGACUGCAGGAAUGUCCACCAGAGCUGUUGCCAGAGCAUUGAAUGUUCUCUACCAUAAGCCACCUCCGUGUAACCACGCAAGCCCAGGACCACCUCCAGGCUUUUUCACCUGUGGGAUCGUCUAGGUGCGGAGGAAUAUUAUAUAUAUUUUACCCCCUUUUUCCUAAUUACAAUCUUGUCUGAUCGCUGCAACUCCCCAACGGGCUUGGGAGAGGCGACGGUUGAAUUAUGCGUCCUCCAAAACGUGACCCGCCAAACUGCGUUCCUUAACACCUGCCUGUACCAAUGUGUCGGAGAAAACACAGUUCAACUGACAACCAAGUCAGCCUGCAGGCGCCCGGCCAAGUAAAUCCCUCCCCUAUCCCGGACGACGUUGGACCAAUUGUGCACCACUCUAUGGGACUCCUGGUCACAGUCCGGGAUCGAACGCGGGUAUGCAGUGAUGCUUCAAGCAUUGCGAUGCAGUGCCUUAGACCACAGCAACAUUCAGGAGGCCCUCUAAGUAUUUCUGUCGGUAAUAAAGCCCUUUUGUGGGGAAAAACUAAUUCUGAUUGGCUGAUAUGCCCACCUAUGGCUGCACCCCUGCCUAGUCGUGAAAUCCAUAGACUAGGGCCUAAUGAAUUCAUUUAAAUUGACUGAUUUCCUUGAACUGUAACUCAGCGAAAUCUUAGAAAUUGUUGCGUUUAUAUUUUUGUUCAGUAUAGUACAGUCGCACUUAAUUGCAUUCCAAUUAAAUGGAUGCAAUUCUGGGCAUUUUGAUCAAAUUCUAACUGAACAUCACAACUGAAUCUUCCCAAAGUGUAAUCGAACUAUGGCGCAGUCAAGCACGCAUAAAAUAUAUUUUGCCACCACAUACAAUUCAACGCUGGCUCUUGCCCUCAUAGUAUGUCAAUUUCCUAACCUGCUUUCAAUCAACAACCUACUAUGUGGUUUUCAAGCAUAUUUGGAGAUUCCAAGUGGUUAUGGGUCUUUUGAAGUAAAUUUACCCGAACGGGAAUUUGAGGACUGUUCUCUCUUGUCAUGGUUUCUAGAAUUCACAUUUUUUUUUAAUAGUUAUGGUUUUAAAAAAAAUGCUUAAUGACUUCUGCAGCAAAACUUGCUUCUGCAUUACCUUGUAAGAAAAACAGUUCCUUGUCACUAUACAGACCAGAGGGGCGGCUGGUAGCCUAGUGGGUAGAGCGUUGGACUAGUGACUGGAAGGUUACGAGAUCGAAUCCCAGAGCUGACUGGGUAAAAAAUCUGAACACGGCAUUUAACCCACUGUUCCUAGGCCGCCAUUGAAAAUAAGAAUUUGUUCUCUAACUGACUUGCAUAGUUAAAGGUAGAAAAUACCAAUGUAAAGUUAGGGGCACUGGUUCAUGCAAACCAGUCAGGCGGAGUGUUAUACAAUUUAGACCACUCCAUUGGUCCUUAAUAAAAAUCGCCACUCACUAUUGGGGGACUUGCAAAACCAAGUGCCCCAAUAGUGGCGCAGCAUGUGAAUUCUGCAAACCACUGAACGCGAAAUAAAGCAAACAACACUGAAAAACCAAUCACCAGUGUACAGCGAAAGCAGCAUGUCGCCCCGUGCGAGUUGUUGACGAAUCGCGAUUAGACUCGGUGAGAACAAUCACGCCAAAACACUUACUUGGUGCCAACAACAGUAGAGAAACAAGACUCCACUGUGGCUCUUUUCCUGUAACAAUGAUAUGAUGGCGCGAAAAUGUUAACCAGUUGCACAUGACAGCCCUGUUGGUGUUACUAUUUAGGAUACCCAAUCGCAUCACAGCUCACAUAGGGCGCGUUCGUAAAUUCACUCCGAUUUCAGAGAACGCUCGUCUGAGUGCAGAAUAACGGAUGGAUUAAACGAAUGUCCAGUGCCAGUAAACGUAAGGGGAAAAAGCGUAAUUAAAUUGUUGCCCCCAUCUCAGUUAGUCACCAACAGAAUGGAUAACAUGAAAACAGCUUAACCAGCUCUGCUAGGCCGAGUAAAAUGGUCAGAGGUGUUCUCUCAAUUUCUGUCUGGAAGAAGCUAGCCAACGUUAGCUUGUGUUCUUGACUGCCGUUGAGGUCAGAAUGCUUGGAACAACCCUUACACCUCGGCCAGAGCGUCCAGUGUGCGCUCCGAGAGCGUAACGCUCUGAAUUUACGAACGCCCAGAGCGCACUCGGUCACUCCAGAGUCAAUUUACGAACGCACCCAUAAGCUCUCUGGCAAACACAGUAGUUUACCAGCAAAACUGCUGUCGUUCAUAUAAACACUGUUGCAAGGUAGCAGUUUAUUUAGCUUCUCUUUUGACCUAGUAUUUUUUUAAAUAAAAUGUUUCGUGUCAGCCUUUGCAGCUCGAGACGACCCACACGUGAUCGGCCAGCAUAACUAGGCGCUUGUUAGUUACAGUAUUUGAAUUUGACGAGACUAUUUUGACGUUGGAUAGCUAACUAUAUUCGCUGGUUCAAAAUUUCGAAUAGAUCUCACAUGAAUGUUUUAAAUAUAUUACAAGCGUUAUCACAAGCGUACCUAAUUUUGAUAUUUAAGGCAGACUGUAUGAAGUUAAUUUGUUAACCGGUUAGACGUUAGUUUUUCUUUCCAGCUUGAGCUGCUGUACAUUUUCUGUUCGGCUAAUAAAUUAUAACGUCAUUUGCUUUUGAGAGCCAUCUGCGGAUUGUCAUUUUUACUUUUUCAAGAACAAGGCUUUCUGCCUGAAAUAUUUGUGUUAGGGAUUCCACAAACAUUGUAGCUAGCUAGCAUUUAGCUUGCUUGCACCCGUAACAGCGAUUGUAACCACGAGCCAGCAUCGGCCAAGCGAAUUUGACAAAGUAUUUAGUCAAUAAUUAAGUUAUCAAGAGCAGUAUCACACACACCGAUAACUGACUUCUGUUGUCGAGAAUUUGCAUCCAUCUUUGCUUAUUUUCAUUACCGAAAGUGAAGUACCCUGACUAGCCACAGUCAGAAGCAGUUGAGUAGCUAGCUAUCCAAAUUCUGAAUCUGAUUGUCAUUUUAUUAGUGUUAUUGUUGAAAAUGGCGGCGAUCGAAAUGGUGCAGAUGUUGAUCGAAGCAGCAGAAUACCUUGAUCGCAGAGAAAGAGAAGCUGAACAUGGCUAUGCCUCCAUGUUACCUUUCACCAGCAGCAAAGAGAAGGACAGCUUGAAACGGAAAAAUAAAAGCAAGAAGAACUCCAGUAGCAGAUCCAUACACAACGAGAUGGAGAAGAACAGAAGAGCACACCUACGGCUGUGUUUAGAGCGAUUGAAAUCCCUCGUUCCAUUGGGACCAGACUCCAACAGGCAUACCACCCUCAGCCUGUUGAUGAGAGCCAAGAAACAUAUCGGGAGGUUGGAGGAGAGCGAGCGGAGAGCCCAGCAUACCUUAGACCAGCUGCAGAGGGAGCAGAGGCACCUCCAACGACGUCUGGAGCAGCUAGGGGUGGAGAGAACACGUAUGGACAGCACAGGAUCCACCGUCUCCUCCGACAAUCCAGAUGCAGACCAGGAGGAGGAGCUGGAUGUGGACGUGGAGGGGACUGACUACCUGCUGGGGGAUCUGGAGUGGAGCACCAGCAGUGUGAGUGACUCUGACGAGAGGGGAAGCCUGCGCAGCAGCUGCAGUGAUGAGGGCUACUCAAGCGCCAGCCUGCGCCUGCAGAACCAGAAAACUCAGGAGAACGCCAAGCAUUUGGGCUGUAGCCUAUAAGAGCACAGCCCUCAACCUCUGGCCCAUGUGCAACGGCGUCCCUCUAUCGUCACCAACCAUUCUCUGCCAAUCAGACCUCACCUCCAGCAGGACUGGCCUUCUGACAAAGCCCUCUCCUCCAGCUGUAUUCCACCUCUCUUUCCCCCUCAGACCUCCAACACCUGAGACACCCAUCAACUCAUUUCAACCGUCCAUCGGCCAACCAAAAUGGAAGAUCUGCCCAUUCAGAGCCUCUGGCUCAAUAAGAUGAGUAGUAUUUGGAAGACACCCCUCCGUCCACCCCUUUCUGUGUCCACCACCUCCGUCCCUACCUGCUCUGCUGUCAGUUUCAGUGUAAGAGCAGAGAGGUGACUUGACUGUUUUCACGUAUCCAUGCUGUUUCCCCCUUCCAGCUCCCAGCGUCUGAGAACGAAAGACUUCAGCUAGAGAAUGUUAUUACAACACUACACCUACACCUCACUGCCCCCCCUCCCUUCGACCCCCAGCUCUAGCUCCCAUCUCGCCCAUAUCUAUAGGUGGUGGUACAAACAAUCGGCGCAUGGAUGGUAUUUAGCACUUAGAGACAGUAUAGGAAGGGAUUGUCUGGGUCAAAGAGCUGUGGUCAUUGUAAUCAAUAUACUGUAUGUCUCCUUAAAAGACAUUGCAGCUAUUGUAGUAAUGUUAUCAGGUGUAGUCUAUUAGAAAGUCUUUAUGGUAAAUAAUUGUCUACCUGCACUGUCUACAUGUAAAGUCCUCACUGGGAGUUCUACAACACUAAGCACGGGUGUGAUUUGAUGUCAUCCAUGUUCCACAACCACUUCAUUGUUGCGAUCGGCAGCAAUACAUCCAUCCCUCUCUCCUCUACCUGGCUUAGCGGUUGGAUAGAUACCUCCAUGUUUUUGGCUCUUAUAAUGGGGGGCUAUUACAUUUUAGUUUUUAUUUUGGCAUACCCUGUACUUUCAAAUCCUCACCUGCCAUUCUGAAUUUUUAUGAGGAAAAAUAAAUUGAGGACAAAAACUUGUUAUGAAGAAUGCACAGCAUGAGAUUGUUAUGGGGUAUCUUUUAUCUUCCUCUCGCUGAUGGCGGUGGCGUCGAACUCAUCUUUUAAUGUGAUGGUCUGUGUUUCUGCUAGUCAUGUCCUGUAGCCAGUGGUAGUCACUUGAAUAUGUGUUGAAGUUAUACAGACAGACAGUAAGUUACCGGUAAUUGUUGAAAGUAGACCAGUGGAGGGAUUAAAGCACAUUCCAUGUUCGAGAGAAAGUAGGCCAGAUGGAGCAUUACCUUCAUCCAUAUUUAUGAGGGAGUGUUUUCAGUUUUUAAAGCCAGGAAGGUUCUAGCUAUCUGCUUCAGGUUACCCACAAGCAGAACACAACAGAUGUGCUGACUUGCUUUGCCUUUGGGUCAGAGCACAGUACAAGCAAGAUCAAUGUCUUGUGAGUUUGUUCACCUCUGGAAAGAAAAGAGAAGAAAGGCUACUGUACACUAAAGAUACUCUCCUCUGCCUUGUCUAUAUACUUAGAUAUUGUUUAUGCAAAAUGUUAUGUUUAUGUAAAUAGUUUACGCAGAAAGAUCUGUUUAUCAAAAAAAAGGUAUUUAUAUUAGAUGUAAAUAUAUAGAUAUAUCUAUUUAAUUGCUUGUCGCUUUACUAGUUUUUGUUGUGAGGGUUUCAAUGUAUAGUUGGUUUGCACCGCAUAGUCGAUCCAGAGCUUUUUAGAUCUGUCAUUUGUACCUAUAGGCUUUUGUGUCCUUUCAAAAUUGGCACGGUGCUCCUAGAAUUGAAAUUGUUUUAUUUGUGGUUGAUUAUAUUUAUCUAUUUCAAAUCUAUCCUCUUUGUCAACAGGUAAAUAAUGCAAAAAAAAUAUAGAUUAAUAUAAAAAUGUAUUACAUUGAAAAGAGGAGCUGGCGUGUGUGUUUGUGCUUUGGCAUUGCUGGGAUGGUGGGAAGUUAGUGGGCUUUCUCCCUUUGUGCCUGGGGGCCUUAAACAAAAUGGCUUCUCCACCCAAGAGAUUAUAACACAUUGUAGAAAGAGGAGGAAUUGGUGGGUUCAGUAACCAGGGGAUAAGAUGGGGAGGUUUGCAGCAGCAUUUGAAUGUAGUCGACUAGCCUAUAAUAUAUCUCCCCCUGCACUGUUGCAGCACAAUGCCAAAGGAACCUCAAACUGUGUCACUGCAGAAUCUCGUUAGAACGGGAAGACGGUUGGUACACACCAAAAAAAUCCUUCAAAAAUAGGAGUAUGAUUGUUUAGUCUAUUUGUGUGGAAUGCUGCACUUCUAUGCCAUUUUAAAACCCUAUCCAAAAAGAGAACCAUGUAGCUAUGCUAGAAGGGGAAUGUUGUGAAUUGAGUACACGACUCAGACUGGUGCUAUGGGGCAGGUGUAUGUAUGUCUUGUCACUGUCUUCAGAGAGAAAAUAUAAUGGUUUGGGAGGGUUGUUUUAAUGGGAAAACACUGUCGCAUUUGUAUGGAUGUUUUUAUUGGUUUACUAUUAAAAAGGUGAAAAAGAGUAUCGCUUUUCAAAGAAAACCUAAUGUAUUAUUAAAGCUAAGCAUUGUUUGUUAUUGGGGAGCCACACACUCCUCUCCUUCCCUCUCUCCCUGUCCAUGGCCUGUUUUAUACGAUUUCCACUCCUACCUGUGUGUGAAUGUGACUUCCAUAGAGAAGAGAUCCUGAUUCAUUUCUAUGGUGGUUCCCCCCGUCCUCCACAUGCUGUGGACCAGCCACCAUGGUGCAGAGGGAGCCUGAGGGAGCAGACUGGGCUGUGUAGUAUAGCUGCAGCUGUCCUCCCUCCCUGUAUAACACUCUUAACACCCUCAGUGCUUCAGCCUCUGCCUUAAGAGCAGGUGUAGAUUCUUAAAAAAGAACAAGAGAUCAAUGCAGUUGGCUUCUGUGUAGUCCAGUGUAAGCUAUAUAGGAUAUCAUCCUGGGAAUUCUCUUUUUUGUUUUGUUGUGUAUAUUUGGGUUACGUUCGUACGAAGUGGCUUAAGCCUUAAAACAGACAGAUGUGAGAGAACCAUAGUAAAGUAUAUAUUAUACACGUUCAUAUAUAAUAUAGGUGUAGACAUGUAAUCACAAAAGGUCAUUAUUUUCAUUGUAACUGUCUCAGGUGUUGCUCUCCCUCUCACACACACACACACACACAGACAUACACACGUUGUCAUACACACAUCAGAACAGACUGCCUUUUGAAGGAAGGGUUUAUGUCAAACUAUAAAAAGGUGGACAUUUUCUGCACACAUUUUUUAGAAUUAGGGAUUUUAAACAUUGUGAAAACAAUCUUUGGGAAGUGUGGUGCAGUCAUUUCUAUUUGCCAGUGAUAUAAAAGGAAUAAAACCAUUUGAAAGCCUUGUUUACCUA